CAAAAACAACAGCAUCAGUCAAGAAGAAGAAUAUCCGCGAGGUAUAAAAGGCGCUGGAUGAGCAAAUGGCCUCAGUCCGAAUCCGACACUUCUUCUGGCGAGUACUGGAUAUCCAGCAGCGCUAGACAAAAUGAAGUCCUUCAUCGUCCUCUCCUGCGUCCUGGCCGUGGCCGUGGCCUCCUACGUGCCCGCCGACACCCCCGAGGUUGCCGCCGCCAAGGCCCAGCACUUCGCCGCCCACCAGCAGGCCACCGCCCGCAACUGGGCCAGCGACGUGGUCGUCAACAACCAGUGGGCCGCCGCCGCCCCCGCCUGGAACUCCGUGUGGGCUGCCCGCGCCGGCAACUGGUACGCGCCCUCAUGGCAGCGCUACUACAACCCCGCCCAGAUCUCCGUCGUCAACGGCCACGUCCAGGACACCCCUGAGGUCGCCGCCGAGAAGGCCAAGCACUUCGCCCUGGUGAACGAGGCCCGCGCCCGCAACGGCGCCGGUGUCUACGUGAGCGCCGAGGAUGACGGUCAGUGGUACGACGAUGUGCACGGUGUCCCUGUUGUCAAGAGCUGGGUCGCCCAGCCUGCCGCCGUGUCCCAUGGCUACGUCGCCGCCGCCGCCCCCGUCGUCAGGAGCUACGUCACCCCCAACUUCGUCGCCGCCCGCCACGUGCAGCCCGCCCACGUCGUCGUCGCCAACGGCCACGUCCAGGACACCCCCGAGGUUGCCGCCGAGAAGGCCAAGCACUACGCCAUCUACGCCCAGACCGCCGCUCGCGACGCCGCCGCCGGCAGCACCGAGUGGGCCGACAACGCUGAGAACUGGAAGUCCUGGGGCCCCAGCGCCGCCAUCUCCACCUACGCCGCCGUCGCUCCCGUCGUCUCCAACGUGUACCCCACCUGGACCGGCCAGCCCGCCAACAUUGUCGUCGCCAACGGACACGUCCAGGACACCGCUGAGGUCGUCGCCGAGAAGGCCAAGCACUUCGCCCUGGUGGCCGAGGCUCAGGCCCGCAACGCUGGUGCUGGCGGUGAAUGGUCCGAAGUCGUCGCCCCCGUCGUCAGCCACGUCGCCCCCGCUGUCGUGAGCCGCGUUGCCCCCGUCGUCAGCCACGUUGCCCCCGUUGCCCCCCUCGCCGCCGUCGCCGACGUCCACUCCCAGUACCACGCCCAGGACGAGGCUGGCCAGUACAGCUACGGUUACAACGGCGGUCUCUCCACCAAGAACGAGGAGAAGACCGUUGACGGCGUGACCCGCGGCGCCUUCUCCUACGUCGACUCCAACGGCGUGGUCCAGUCCCGCAGCUACGUCGCCGACGCCCUCGGCUUCCGCGUCGCCGCCACCGACCUGCCCGAGGGCCCCGCCCCCGUGGCCGCCGGUCCUCUGGUCUCCGCCGCCCCCAUCGCCACCGAGGCCUACUACGCCGGCCCCGUCGCCGCCCAGGUCCCCGCCCAGGUCAUCGUCAAGCCCGACGGCACCCUCGAGGACACCCCCGAGGUGGCCGCCGCCAAGGCCCAGCACUUCCACGCCCACCAGCAGGAGCACGCCCGCCUCGCCGGUGGCGCCUGGUAAACUCGAACGAAACCCGACAGAACCACGCCAAACCAGAGGACUCAAGUUACCAAACGCGAGAGGAGAGGGGAGAGCAGUCUCUCCCCGCCGUACAAAAACUAGACUGUGAUCAAGAUAAAGGGGGCCUCCGGUGAGUCGUGUUAGACUUCGGACCCUGAAGACGACGCGCGAGAUGGCCCCCAGUUAUCUGCAGACUGAAAGUGAGGGAAACGACGAAAUGUAGAGACGACGAUAAAGGACUUUAGUUUUUAUAAUUAUAGUAAUUAUAAUGAUUAUAAUGUUUUCUUUUGGUUCCAAACGCCAUUCUAUUGGAACCAGCACAACUGGUGAGGAUUUUUAAUCAAACCCCCACUCGUUAUUUGACGCACUCAUUACGGACAAAAUAAAUAUAUUUGUAUAAAAUUUA